UUUGCGAGAAAGUCGAAGUCGCAAUGGAGUGUGCCUCUGCGGCCGCCGUAGUUGUUUUUUCCGACUUCCGCUUCCCUUUCGUCGCCGCGCAAACACAAUGGCGGAAUAUUCCAGCGUUAAAUCGACCAAAUUGGUUCUGAAGGGACAGAAUAAAGGGAAAAAGAAGAAAGACAAAAACAAGAAGAGAAAGGAAGCAGAUAGCCAAUCCAAAUUGGAUGUUGUCGGCGGUUGGUGGGCCGUCCGACAUUUUGGCGAGAUCAUGGGCACGGUCGCUAUUGAGAUGCACAACAAUUCCUACAUCCACGCCCUGGACACGGGGCUUUUCACAGUUGGUGCGCCGCACCAAGAGGACGAAGGACCAGACCCCCCUGAACAGUUCACCGCAGUCAAGCUCUCUGAUAGCAGAAUAGCUUUGAAGUCAGGCUACGGGAAGUACCUGGGCCUCAACGCAGACAACUUGGUGGUGGGCCGCUCCGAUGCCAUUGGAUCCAGAGAACAGUGGGAACCCGUUUUUCAAGAGGGCAAGAUGGCGCUCCUGGCCGCCAACAACUGCUUCAUCUCGUACAGCGAGAGCGGCGACAUCGAGGCCACCAGCAAGACGGCGGGCGACGGCGAGAUGGUGAAGAUCCGCUCGUGCGCCGAGCGAGACGCCAAGCCCAAAGACGACAUCGCCGACGAGGACCGAGGCAACGUCAAGUCCUGCGAGGUCAAUUACGUGAAGAAGUUUCAGAGUUUCCAGGACCGUCGCCUGAGGGUGAACGAGGACGAGCCGUCGAUGCUGAAGAAAGCCAGACUCGACGGAAAAUUUCACGAGGCUUUGCUCGACAGGAGGAGCAAAAUGAAAGCUGAUCGAUACUGCAAGUGAACUGUUUGGGGAGGUGGGGGGGGGUUGUUGUUUUUUUAGAGGGGGGAAUUAAUAAACAUGUUGUGCCCGUUCGUGUAUUAUGCAUAAUUUCUAUUUAGAAAUCAAAGAUUAAAAAGUAUAUCCCACAAACA